AUGGCUGAUGCUUUGAAAUUGGAUUUGGAUUUGUUGUGUGAUGGUGAUUAUUUCCAUGUUCGUUGUUGUGCUCGCAUUCUCAACUUGAUAGUACAAGAUGGUUUAAAGGAAUUAGAUGAAGCUGUCAAAAAAGUGAGAGAAUGUGUUAAGUAUUGUAAGGGUUCUCAAAACAGGAAAAAUGCGUUUUUACGUGUCGUUCAACAUGUUGGUCUUAACUCCUCUAGAGGGUUAAGACAAGAUGUCUCUACUCGUUGGAAUUCUACAUUUCUCAUGCUAGAUAAUGCAUUGUUUUACAAAAAAGCACUUCUUCAAAUGGAAAAGACCGAUGCUAAUUUUGUUCAUUGUCCUAGUUCUCAAGAGUGGUCCAAGAUUGAAAAAAUCUCAUCAUUGCAACCAGAAAUUGAAGCGUUAUGCAAAAAGGUUACUACAUUGAAGGUUGAUGUUGAUGAAGAUGCAAAGGAAAGUGACACAUCUGGUGCUUAA